GUGAGUCUUUAGAUUGAGUCAGUAGGUCUGUCAGUCAGGGGUUAGAGUCUAAGUGGUGAGGUUUGGAACCGCUAAUCCGGUUGUGCACUUAUCACCAUGGUUGACACCCGGAGUGGGAAGAGCACUAGCCCCUACACCCAGGAACAACAAGAAAAGAUGGCCGCCUUAGUGAGAGAGAACAAAGAGAGAAAGGAGCUCCUGAAGCAGGCGAAGUUGAAGGCCAUCGCAGAGGAGCAGGCGGCGAAGAUGAAAAAGUUAGAAGAAGAGAUGGAGGAGAAGAAAAAGGCUGCCGAAGAAGAAGCAGCAGCAGAAGCCGAGGAGGAAAGGAAACGCAGGGAAGAAAAAGGGCAAAGUAGUGGCACGACAAAUGAGGAUGCAGCCAUGGAGAAAAAGAUCAGCGAGUGGAUUGCUAAUUUAUCGCUGGGGGAAGAUGAGGAGGCGGAGUUUUAUGUGCCCCAGGACGAGAGGGAUGCGUUAGCCAAUGAGCUAACGACAAUUGCGGACCCUCUGGAACGGCGAGAAAGAGAAGAAGAGAAGAAGUUGGAGUGGAAACUGAGGAUGAAGAGGGAAAAGAAGAGAAGGAGGGACGAAGUUAAUAGGCUGACCGAGGAGGUGGCAAAAGUGAGAGAUUGUAGACAAGAUGUGCAGGCGCAGCCAGACAUGUCUGCCAAGAUGGAUAAGAUGUUGGGUUAUUUGGAAGUGUUGAGUGUGGCCUGGAUGGAGGAGCGCCAAGCCAAUAAGGGUCAGGAUGUAGCCCUGUGUGCCAUGCGGUCAGGGUUUAGAGAUUUCACGCGCGAUAUGGUCACCCACAUUGGAGGCGAAGUUAGGCGACUGAGAGACGGCGUAGGAAAGUUAUGCGAGGGCGCCAUCGAAGGUGCCAAAGCAAUAGCCGCUGUAGAGGGUGAGGCCAGGCCUCGUAAAGAGCCUGUCAAGCUUAAAUUCCCAGAUGCAUACGGGGGGAAGAAAGAGGAGAAUUUUUAUAACUGGGAGGCGAGCGUCAAUAGCUACGUGUACCUACAACACAUUUUGACUGAGGAGCAAGUCCUCGUCGCCUUCCAGGCCCUCAAAGAUGAAGCGGCCAGUUUCGCCAGAUCCCUUGCGCACACAGCAGGUUGUGAAAACAACCUGGUUGCAUACUCUAAGAUCACCACCCUUCCUCAAUUCUUCAAGCUCCUGAGGGAGCGAUUUGUUGACCCAACGAGAGGCGUCAGAGCCUUUGAUAAGCUGCAGACCAUCCACUCACGACAGUGGAGGAGUGCAAGAGCACUCAAGGGCGUCAUUGACGACUUGGUACCCGUCCCAGACCAUGGGGUCACUGAGCCCCAGUUGGUCCAAUUGUUUUAUCGUGCCAUGCCCGAGCCCCUGCGUGGGCAUUUCUUUGAGAGGUCUCAACAGGCCGACAUCACCUAUGAUGUGCUGAGUAGAGAGGUGGUCCUGUAUGAGUCAAAGUCCAUGCCAGUGUCCACUUUCUGGCAUAAGGACCUGGAUAAGGGGAAAAAGUGGAAAGGUAGUACCAUCUUUGGCCAUGUCAGGGCCAAGGAUCACAUGAUCCUCACGUUAGAAGAGGGUGGUACCGAUGAAGUCCCCUACAGUGAGAUUGAGUGGGGGUUAGAGGAAGAGGACAGCAGCGUAGGGCAGGGGAGGUCUUAUGCAGUUGUCGAGGUUGGAGGGAGGCCGCAAGGUAGAGGAGGAGGCCAGGGCCAAAGGGGCCAGGCCAUGGGAGGCCAAGGACCGGCCGCGCAGGGGGUUGGCGGACAAGGGAAUCGCCAAGUGGGAGGUAGGGGUCAAGGUCCCCCGCCAAAUCGUCAAGGUUCUUGUCGGUCCCCGUAGCGACGAGGUGGAAGGCCACCUCAAGGAGGAUGGCACCCAGGCUUGCCACAGGGCAGGCCCUGGGAAGAUUUGGGCUUGGACCAGCGCGU